CCUAUAUAUACGAGUCAUACCUAUAAUCUCAACCCACUCGCGCUCCCGUUAGUAACAAACAACCUACCAACUACCAACCAACCCGGCAUGGGGGAGGGAAGGGCUCCAGUCCAAUCCAGGUAUAUGCCCAUAUCGUUUUCCGCCUUUCACCGACGGCCUGCGUCCGAUGUCGUUGCCGAACGGGGCGAAGAGCCUUAUCGAUUAUUUAUAGGUAUGCGCCCUAGAUAGGUGCUUAUCGGUGUCGGUAGGUACGGGUAAAUGGUGACAUCCUGUCUCACUGUUGCGAGCUUGUUCGGAGUUUUUAUUUACCUAUACCUACCUACCUACCUACACCGACUACCUCCCUCCGUGCAAGAAACACCAGGUAACAUCUACUUCUCGCUCUCUCUAGCCGGAACGAGAAAACGAACCAAGUAGCAGGUGGUAGUAGGUAGGGCCGGGUCUCGAUUUUUUAAAGAAGUCCGCCCCUCUCCCACCUCCCUCCUCUUCACCUGCUCUAUCCGCACCGAAUAAUACCUACCUUCUAAUUAAUCUUCUUUUUUAUUCUCUAAUCGGAUUCUUCUUCUUCUUCUUCUUCUCUCGAGGCUAGCUAGCUGCCAGCUAGCUCGCUCGCCGCCAUGGACGAGACGCAACCGCUGCUGCCGGAUCCCGACCUGGCGUGCGACGAGGCGCAGGACGAGGCGGCCGGCAAGGACUUCGUCGACUUCGACCCCGCGGGCGACGCCGAGAACCCCAUGGACUGGCCCGAGGCCUACAAGUGGGGCAUCGUCGGCCUGCUCGCCCUCAUGGCCUUUACCGUCACCUUCACCUGCAUCUCGGUCGUCCCCGUGGCGACGCGGAUCGUGGACGACCUCGACGGCGGCCACGCGAGCCGGUCGGCCAGCGUCCUGCUGGUCACCAUCUGGGAGCUGGGCGAGGCGGCCGGGCCGCUGCUGAUCGCGCCGCUGUCCGAGAUGUUCGGCCGGUACCCGGUGAUGAACGCGGCGAACCUGCUCUUCAUCGCGGCGGUGGUGCUCGCGGCGCUGUCUCGCAGCGCCGCCGCCUUCAUCGGCGCCCGCGCCCUGACCGGGCUCGCCGUCGCGUCCAACGUCCUCAACCCGGCCAUCGUCGGCGACAUGUUCCCGUCCGAGCAGCGCGGCACCGCCAUGAGCUGGAUCCAGCUCGCGCCGCUCAUCGGCGGCGCCGUCGGCCCCGCCAUCAGCGGCGCCAUCGCCGAGACCCUCGGCUGGCGCAACGUCCUCUGGAUGAGCGCCACCCUCGCCAUCACCUGCGAGGCCGUCUUCCUCACCUGCUUCCGCGAGACGUACAAGGUCGCCAUCCUCCGCCGGCGCGCGGCCCGGCUCCGCCGCGAGACCGGCGACCCCGCGCUGCGCACCGUGUUCGACGUCGAAGGCGUCUCGCGGUCCCAGAAGCUGUGGGAGGCCAUCACGCGCCCCUUCUCCGUGCUCGCAGGGUCGGGCGUCCUCCAGUCGCUCUCCGUCUUCGGCGCCGUCUCGUUCGCCUACUUCUACAUCAUGGCCACGACGCUACCCGACAUCCUCGAGACGCUCUACGGCCUGUCGGCGGCGGCAGCGGGGUCGGCGCUCAUCAGCUUCAGCAUCGGCUCCUUGGUCAGUGUCGCCAUCUGUAACCGCGCUCUCGACGGGAUCUACGUGAGAAUGCGCGACGCCAAUAAAGGGGUCGGCCAGCCGGAGUACCGGCUGCCUCUGCUGGUGUUCGGGGGGUUUGCGCUCCCUCUCGUCGCGUCGCUGUACGGGUGGACGGCGCGAGCGCACCUGCCCGUGCCGCUGCUCAUCUUCACGGUGGGCGUGAUGGGGGCGACGAUGCUGCUCUCGUUUCUCCCGCUGACGGCGUACGUGGUGGACGCGUUCGGGCUGUACGCGGCGUCGGCCAUGACGGUGGUGAUCGUCACGCGGUGCCUGGCGGGCACGUUUAUCCCGCUCGCGUCCGAGCGGCUCGUCGACAGGUUCGGGUACGGCGUAGGGCUGAGCCUUAUCGGCUGCUUCAGCCUCUUGUUCGCGCCCAUCCCGGCGCUGGUCCUGCGGUACGGCCCGAAGUGGCGCCAGAGAUCCCGGUAUACGAGGGAGGCAGAGGCUUCCUAGGCGACCCUAGCAGUCUACCCAAGAAGAAGGAAGAGGAGAAGGAGGGAAAAUGGGAAAAGGCAAAAAAGAGUACAGAGAAAAGAAGGGGGAAGGGGGAGGAAAAGAAAGGAAGGGCAGCAGUUUUGCACUUUCUUAUUAGUAUAUAAAGCAUUACUGUACAUAAAUAUAUAGGUAGGCAUGUUGUGAGGGCACUCAAUGCCUUUAUUCAACAUAGAAGGUAUAAUAGAGGUAAUGGUACUUGACAUAGGCACC